GGACUUAAUUUUCAGCCCCUCUCGAGGAAUUCUAUGAUCUGAUCAAUAGACAUUUCCAGCCACACAAGACAUACCUCAUGGAUUUGUACCUGGUUGGAUAUCUCAUGUGCAUGUGGUUGUCCUGGUCUCGGGUGCUUGGAGGCUAUCCCAUCUGGUGGUCCCUGGCCCUUGGGCAGCAGUACUCAUCCCUAGGAUCCCAACCCAUCCUGUGUGGCUCCAUUCCUGGCUUGGUGCCCAAACAGCUGCGCUUCUGUCGCAAUUACAUUGAGAUCAUGCCCAGUGUAGCAGAGGGAGUCAAACUGGGAAUCCAGGAGUGUCAGCACCAGUUCCGUGGCCGCAGGUGGAACUGCACCACUAUCAAGGACAAUCUAGCCAUAUUUGGUCCGGUACUUGAUAAAGCAACAAGAGAGUCUGCAUUUGUUCAUGCAAUUGCAUCAGCUGGAGUGGCGUUUGCAGUGACCCGUUCAUGUGCAGAGGGGACCUCCACAAUGUGUGGCUGUGACUCCCACCAUAAAGGCCCGCCGGGAGAGGGCUGGAAAUGGGGCGGCUGCAGUGAGGAUGCUGAGUUUGGGGUUCUGGUGUCUCGGGAGUUUGCUGAUGCUCGCGAGAACCGCCCAGAUGCUCGGUCUGCCAUGAACAGACACAACAAUGAAGCAGGACGAAUGACCAUCCUGGAAAACAUGCACCUGCGCUGUAAGUGCCAUGGGCUGUCAGGCAGCUGUGAAGUGAAAACCUGCUGGUGGGCGCAGCCCGACUUCAGGCUGUUGGGAGACUACCUGAAAGACAAGUAUGACAGCGCUUCUGAGAUGGUGGUGGAGAAACACCGGGAGUCUAGAGGCUGGGUGGAGACAUUACGUGCAAAAUACGCCUUCUUCAAACAUCCCACAGAGCGAGACCUGGUCUACUAUGAGGGAUCGCCUAACUUCUGUGAGCCGAAUCCAGAAACGGGCUCGUUUGGCACCCGCGACCGUGUCUGCAACGUGUCCUCUCAUGGCAUCGAGGGCUGUGACUUGCUGUGCUGUGGCCGUGGCCAUAACACACGGACAGAGAAACGUAAGGAAAAAUGCCACUGCAUCUUUCACUGGUGCUGCUACGUAAGCUGCCAGGAGUGUGUGAGAGUCUACGACGUGCACACGUGUAAAUAAGGGCAGCAGGUGUGAAGAGGACAGGGACUUGUGGACAUUAAAGAAAAGAGGAAGGGAAAGUCAGAGGACAGCAAAUGCAGACCACCUACACACACACACACACACACUCACACGAUGUAUCAAUGUGAUACACAUACUGUAGUAGUGGCACUAACUAGAAUUCUUUACUAAUGUGCCCUUUUUAUUUCCAUGGCCCAAACGAGGCUUCUUGGCGAUGCCCACCAUGAUCGCCUUCGUUACUACUGCCAUUCCUCUCACUCAUUUUUGCUGUGGCACACCUUGAUUCUGCAAAAAAACAAAAUGCCUUGUCUCUUCCCCUACUGUUCGCUGUUAUCAUUCAUACUUCUUUAUCUAAAACAAUAUCUCUCUGAUCAUCUCCCCCUACUGCCCAGGGGCUGAAACAGGAUCUGCUUUCCUACACACAUUGACACGAAGAAUGCAUGAAAGAACAAGAGGUGGGGGGAGAGGAUCUCCCGGUUAACUACUGAACGUUGGGUCUCUAAUAUGCCCUGCUAUACUACUGAAUCCAAUGCAAUGCCCAUACUUACCCUAUGUUAUCCUGAGGUUUCCCAGACUUGCUGCACUCUCCAAUAUCUUCCAUGGGUCAGGACUACAGGCACAAAUGUGAAUCCUUUUAGGAGACAUGGGCUCUCCAACAGGCUUCAAAUCCCUGCAUGUGAACACAUCCAGACUGCUCUUGUGCAUUUUGAACACUGCUACAAUUGUGUAAACCACAUUCCCUAUAAUCAUAUAUGUUCAACAUGUGAACAUAUUGCUGUUUGCUACAUAAAGACUCCUGUUUAUCUGCUUUAUAUGGCAGGGGGAUGCAAUCGAAACAUUAGCAUAGAAAGCUGUGGGCGGUGCAGUAAAUAUGGGAAACUUAUCCUUUCAAAAAAAUUUAAAGUUUUUUUUUUUUUUUUGUGUAGUUGCAGAACAUGUAGAUACAAAGCCAUUAGUAAAUCCUGGAUGAGUGCAUGACGGCUGGGUUUUAUGAGGUGAAAUGCAUGAAUGCAACGACAAACACACUGGGCUCAUGUGCACCUGACCAGUAAUUUUUGCACUUACAAAACAACUAAUGAAUAUACUAAUUCUAGAGAUUACAAUGAUUAUUUGUAACAUAUUCUUUUUCAUAAAGCUCUUCAUAUAUGACUGUGAAGGCUCCGUUUCAACAGUUCGCUGAUGAGGAGAAAUUUGCAUAGAGGAAGGAGAACAGGUAAACAAGAGGUAUAGUUAAAGAAAGAAAUGCAAGGGCAAAUAAACAAGGAAGUGGUGGAGAGAGGAUGGCCUCACACUGCUGUUUGAACUGAUGUAGAGCAGGCUUGAGUGUGAGUGUGUGUGAAUGGAAGAAGUGGCAGGAAAGACUGGCUUCACAAUGGAGCAACAGACUAGCAGAGGUUUCCAUACAACAUGUUCUGACAGUCCUAUACACUUCCCAUUAAUUAAGUUUAACUACACAAAGCUGAUGACAGAUGUUACACUAGGUUCACAUCAACACCAAUCCCGUAGGAGCCCUCUCUCACUGGCCACAUCUACGCUCUCUUUCCCAUUUCUCUUUCCGCUAUAUCCAAAGUUUUGUACAAAGCCUUUUAAAGUUCAUAAUUCCCUUUUUAUUUUAUAAUCUGAAAAUUUUAUGUUUUUAUAAAUAUUAUUUAUUACACAAUGUAUAUAUCUGUAAGUCUGAACUAAGAUUAUAUAUUUG